CACGUCCUCAGUCAGGAGUUAAGUAGUGGGACAGCGGAGAGAGAGAAACCUUCAUAUCAAACACUUGAUACGUUAAAAUGAGCGGAAGAGGAAAGGGAGGUAAAGGACUCGGUAAAGGAGGCGCUAAGCGGCACCGUAAAGUCCUCCGUGAUAACAUCCAGGGAAUCACCAAGCCCGCUAUCCGCCGUCUGGCUCGCCGCGGUGGAGUGAAGCGUAUCUCCGGUCUGAUCUACGAGGAGACCCGCGGUGUGUUGAAGGUCUUCCUGGAGAAUGUGAUCCGUGAUGCCGUCACCUACACCGAGCACGCCAAGAGAAAGACCGUGACCGCCAUGGAUGUGGUUUAUGCUCUGAAGAGGCAGGGACGCACUCUGUACGGCUUCGGAGGUUAAACCUGUUAUUGAUCCACUGAACCAAAGGUCCUUUUAAGGGCCGCACACACUCUCUCAAAGAGACACAGUCCUGAUUUAUAGUGAGAAAACUUGUGUUGUGUCUUAAAAGUGGUUGUUGCCUGUGGUCACAUAGGUUUGGUUCUACAACAUCAGUACUCCAGUUAAUAGAUGUGUUUUUGGGUGCUGCCUUAAAUGGCCAGAAGGUAGACAUACAUGAAGUGAAAGUGAACCAAAUGGAUGCUGGUAACGCAUACAACUGAUGGACUUGAACCCACAAAUCUUUAUUACACUUUAUUUUCUUUGCAUUUUUGUCUUAAUGUGUAUUUCUUGUGACCAGCGCUUUAUAUUUCAGAUCUGAGUUUUAAAGUCAUGAGAUGAACCAGACUUGAUCACUUAAUAUAUUUAAAUUUUCUGUGAUGAAGGUGUGAAAUAUUAGUUAUGCUGCUGUGAGAAAAUGAGCCCUGAACAUCGUUUAAGCCAGGGGUCCCCAACCUCUUUUUGGUGGGGGCCACAUCAACUUUCCUUUCUGUGACGGGAGGCCGGGGUCAGUCUAUAAAAGGAAAUGAUAUGGGCCAAAGUGACAACCAGUAUUAUUGUGGAGAUCAUAAUGACUAUUUUUUUGCAGCUGUCCUUCGCUGGGCCUUGGCACCACCUGUUGGUUUGCAAAAAAAGUAAUAGAAAGUCUUCAUGUUUUUAUUUGAAGUACCACAGAUACUAUUUUAUAGAAAAUAAAAACACAAGCUGUUGCCAGGUACUCGAAGAGUUAAAAAAUGCCCAUUAUUUGCAUUGUUAUGCACACCAGCUGAAUUUAAUUGGGUGGGAUUUCCAGUUUUUUUUACCCGGUCACCCAAACGCAAGGCCCUUCUUGACCAGAUUGUUGCACAAAGGCUGCCUAGAGCAUCAUCCACAAGAUGGAACUUCAACAGCAGGAUCGUGAGUACCGUCUAUGAGAACCGGGGCGACCUCAUAGAGUGCUUUGAGACCAUCAGGUCAGACAGCUCAACUGACAGCACCACCAUGAGGGAGGCAUCUGGCUUCCUGAGGAUUCUGCAGGAUGAAGAUUUCUGUUUUUUCCUGCAGUUGUUUCAACAAAUCAUGCCUCAUGUUGACAUGAUGUACCAACUGCUGCAGAAGAGGCACAUUGACAUAGUGUUCAUCAAACGUGCCCUGCAGAACUUCACCAGCAGUGUUCAGGCCAUCAGAUCUGUGACACAAUCCUGGGCCAUGCCAAAGACAGGUUCUCCUUCACCAGCCACCUUGUGAGUGCUGUGUUGCUAGAGGGAGAGCUCUAGCAACACUUCUGACCGGCAUCUGAAAACAUUCCCUGAAGAGGCUCUGAAUACCACCGUGAGGUCAUACCCCAUGCUACACAAGGAGAAGCUCAGGACUGAACUUUCUACAGAGCUGCAACCUCCAGGAAACCUUCUCUGAGACUGUGGUGCUGUUGAACAUCCUCAUAACCACUCCGAUGACAACAGCUGAAGCUGAGAGGUGUUUCUCCACCUUAAAGAGAAAAAAGACGUUCCUGAGAAAUACAAUGGAACAGGAACGUCUGAAUGGAUUGUCCAUGCUUUCCAUGGAGAGAGAACUUGUCAGGAACAUGCCUGAUUUCAAUGAGAGGGUAAUUGAUCACUUUGCCUGCUUGAAAGAGAGGCGAGCAAAAUUUCAAUACAAGUGAUGAGUGAGUGUGUUAUUAAAUGGUGAGUUGUGUUAUGUUGUACUCUCCAAAUGUUGAAUUGUAAAUGGUUGUAUUGAUUGCAUAUUGCCAGCCGAAUAUAUACUGAAUAUGUUCUGGAAAGAUUUGAUUAAUUACCGUUUUGAUGAUAGUAUAAUUUGAUUUGAUUAUCGCUAUGGCAUCCAUGGUGGCUAUAAAUUGUAGACUGUGCUAACUGAUUUCAUGGGCAGACUAAUAGAUGACAAUGUAUCUGUCGAUGGCCACGGUGGAAGUGUUUUAUUGUGGAACCAAAUUUAUUGUAUUUGAGACAUUUAAAUUGAUAUAGCUAUACAAAAGUACUGUACAGUAUGUAAAAUUCAUGUCUGGUGUUGCCAUCUAGUGGUUGAACAGGAAAACCAAAUUAAACAAUGCAAUGUAA